UUUCGUCUCAAACUUUUUUUGCUAGGUGUGCCCCUUCAAACGACGCCGUUGCAGGGCGGUCAAUGAUCUGGCAACUCCAUAAAGAACACGGAACCAACGCAAUUCACAACAAUCUAGGUUUUCUGACACCUCUCCGAUUUCUCUUCCAGCUGGGAGCGGUGCGGGUUGCGUGCAAGGAGGAGGAGAGCUCAAAGUCAAGCCUUGUUGACCGCGAUACGGUUGGUACACCGGGAUUCUAGGGUUCGGAACUGAAUCUCUGUCCGGGGAUAUGGAUACCUUGCAGCCGGCGGCGGCGGCGGUGGUGGUGGCCGGCGAUGCUGUGGUCGUUGGAGGAGACGCGGCGGCGGCGGCGUCUGCUGUUGCUGUGGGAGUCGCGAGGACUUCCGGCGGCUCGGAGAAGCGGAAGCGUGGCCGGCCGCCGCGGGGGCAGGUUACGCCGAAGCCUCAACCACCGAGGAAGGUAUUGGAGGAGGAGGACGUUUGCUUUAUAUGCUUCGAUGGCGGCUCUCUCGUGCUGUGCGAUCGCAAGGGCUGCCCAAAAGCAUACCAUCCGUCUUGUAUUAAGCGGGACGAGUCAUAUUUCUCCUCUAAGGCUAAGUGGAAUUGCGGUUGGCAUAUAUGCAGUGUGUGUCAGAAGGCUUCACACUAUAUGUGCUACACUUGUACAUAUUCAUUGUGCAAGGGUUGCACUAAAAAUGCUGAUUACGCGUGUGUUAGAGGAAACAAAGGAUUUUGCUCUAUGUGCAUGAAAACUAUCAUGCUGAUUGAAAAUAAAGAUGAAGCGAAUAAGGAGAAGGUUCAAGUAGACUUUGAUGACAUAACUACAUGGGAGUAUCUUUUCAAAGUAUACUGGAUUGAUUUAAAAGGAAAGCUAUCAUUAACUUUAAAUGAGCUUAUUCAAGCCAAACGUCUUGUCAAUGAAGCAUCUAUUGGCUCAGUGGUUGGUGGUCGGGUAGAUCUGGCAGAGGUUAGAGGCGGAUCUGAAACUGCAAUUGCACCUCUUUCCACGGAGAAUGUAACAUCUGCUGAUAAUAGUGAAACAGAAAAGAUUUGGUAUUACCGUGAUCCUACUGGUAAAAUACAGGGACCAUUUUCAAUGAGUCAAUUGAGGGGGUGGAGUAAUGGAGGAUUCUUCCCACCUGAUCUGAAGGUAUGGAAAAAUGAUGAACAUGAUCAAUCAGUACUUUUAACUGAUGUAUUGCAUCAACUGUCCCAAAAAUCUUCUCAAAUCACGGGUAAUGUAGCAGUCCAGUCUUCGGGGCUUGGAGCAGUGUCAGAUAACAAAGGCAGUUUUGGAGCAGUGUCAGAUAACAAAGGCAGUUUUGGAGCAGUGUCAGAUAACAAAGACAGUUUUGGAGCAGUGUCAGAUAACAAAGGCAGUUUUGGGUUGCAUGACAGUUCUAGUGGAACAGUGAGUGAAAGUAAACAGACAAAAAUCCUCCUGCCUCAAGGUGCUGAAAAGGUCUGUUCGAAUGUUAGCAAUGAAAAUGUACGGACGCAUGAGUCAGGUACCCAUUCUUUCUUGGAUUUGUUGAAGGGUAAUACUUCUCUUUCUGACAAAUCCCAAGAACAUAGCCCGCUUCAUUUAUCCAGUCAAGUAAAGAUGCAUGUAGGUGUCACACCGCUUGAAAAAGGCUUCGAAGGUGGUAGAUUUCAUUCUUUUUCAGGGCACGGAAAUCAGAACUCAUGUGGAAGCAUUCAGGUAACUGUAGUUCAGGGCCAUGAGAUGCACUCUAAUUCUAAGAGCUGUGCGGUUCAAUCAUCUGGACAAAACUGGGAAUCCUUACCAAUAACAACUUCAAAACCUAUGCACUCUGUCACUCAUUUUGCUUCAGUUCCCAAAACUGAACCGCCUGAGCAGAAUGGCAGAAUGAAUUUCACAGCUCUCCUCAACCAUACACCAAAGGGAAGUGAUAAGAGCUGGGAAGUUCAAGCUGCAGAAGAAUUGCUUUCCUUGUCUUCAGGUUUUCCUAUUCAACGUUCUAAUAUUAUCCGUGAUGUGUCGAGUCCUUCACCGAGUGGCGAAGAUAUGUGUGGUCGGACAACAGAAACCAAGGAACACUCAACUUCAAAUGUUCCUGUUCAAGACUCUGGCAGAAGCUGGAGCAGUGCUUCUAGUCUAGUUAUUAAUGAAUGGGAUUCCGGUCUAGUCUCUAAUCCACCACUGAAAACAGUGGGUGAUCAUGUUGCCACUCCUACUUCAAAUACCGACCAUCUUACUACUUCCUCUCCACCUCAUCUUAUCACAAAUGUAUCCAACUGGCAGCCAAUUGAGUUCACUACUCUGGAUGAGGAAUCAGUAUCUGAUCUGUUAGCUGAAGUGGAUGCUCUGGAAUCUCAAAGUGGCUUGGGCUCACCAGCUUCAGCCUUGAGAUGCAGCAAGGAAACAAUACCAAGGUGCAAGAAUGAAUACUUCAACUUCUUCGAGGAGCUAAACCCUAUGCCUGAUCCUGCAAAAAACGUCCCCCUUGGUUCACUCCAUCAUGACAGAUGAAGUGCAUGUGGAGGUCAACUGAUGCUUUUGAUCCUUUAAAGAGGUCUGGGAAUAACUUUUGUGUACAAGCAGUGAGGGAGAAAGAUAACCACCCUGGGAAUCCAGCCAAUAGAGAGAGGGUGGUGUAGAGAGAUGUAUCCUGGUCCGUCCAAGAGACUGCACUUCUCAAAGAGGAGUUGUACCUUUGUGCAGUAUGAAGUGAUUUAGAUGCUAUUCAACUAUCUUCUACUACCUACCUCCAUGAAGGAACAAUUCAUCAACAAUUGCUUUUAGAUUUCUGGGCACAAUCUAUUUUUUGAGAGUAAGUUGUUGUUCUUGUAACUAAUGUUGUAAUUGUAUUUAACUGGAAAAAUGUGCAGCUAGCUAUGUGGGGCAUAAAGCAACAAUUUUCUGGAAAUAAUUUUGCUGGUUGACUUGGUGGGGGGAUAGGGAAGCAGUGCCCCUUUAUGUCCAUUUAGCAGAUAUGUCUGUAAGACUGUAACCUUGGAAGACUUUAUGUAUUAAUGAUGGUGUGCAUGUAUAUGGAACAGGAUAUGUAUUCUUUGUAUGAUACUGGAGAUGUAUUCUUUCCAUGUUGAAAGGUUCACUGUGUUUGUGCUGCC